UUUCUCCCAACUCGUUUGCCUCUUUUACUACGCAGCAACAUAAAAGAGAGGGAGGAAGGAAGUUUCCCCUGUCUCUCUUCCUUCAUUCUUUCUGAUCAACUUUCUUGAGACAGAGAGAGAGAGAGCAACAUGUCUCUGGGUUAUGCAGAGAAGCUCUCGUACAUAGAGGAUGUGGGCAAGGUUGGAAUGUCAGAGCUUUUCGACACACCUCGCAUUCUGCAAGAAAAAAUUGAAAAACUUGCCAAAAUGAUACGGAAGAGUAAGCAUCUAGUGGUUUUCACUGGAGCAGGAAUAUCAACUUCUUGUGGUAUACCUGACUUCCGUGGUCCCAAGGGUAUAUGGACUCUUCAGCGGGAAGGCAAAGCCUUGCCUGAAGCAUCAUUGCCAUUUCAUCGUGCAAUGCCAAGCAAGACUCAUAUGGCUUUGGUUGAACUAGAGAAGGCUGGUAUCCUAAAGUUUGUUAUUAGCCAGAAUAUUGACGGUCUCCAUCUUCGGUCUGGUAUUCCGAGAGAGAAACUCUCUGAACUGCAUGGGAACUCGUUCAUGGAAACAUGCUCUUCCUGUGGGGUUGAGUAUUUUCGGGAUUUUGAGGUGGAAACUAUUGGACUGAAGGAUACCCCACGACAUUGUUCGACCGUUGGUUGUGGUGCAAGACUUAAGGAUACAGUUCUUGACUGGGAGGAUGCACUGCCCUCAAAGGAGAUGAAUCCAGCAGAGAAACACUGCAAAAUGGCUGAUGUUGUAUUGUGUUUAGGGACAAGUUUGCAGAUUACUCCUGCAUGCAAUUUGCCUCUGAAAUGUCUUCGUAGCGGGGGGAAGAUUGUAAUCGUGAAUCUUCAGAAAACUCCGAAGGAUAAGAAAGCAAAUAUGGUGAUCCACGGGCUUGUAGACAAGGUGAUUGUAGGAGUCAUUGACCAACUCAAUAUGCAGAUUCCUCCAUUUGUCAGAACUGAUCUUCUGCAGAUCAUUUUUACUCAGGGCUUGAGUAUAGAUGGAAGAUUUAUGAACUGGACCCUCAGGGUAGCAAGUGUGCAUGGAAAAGAGGCUCCAUUGCCAUUUGUCCACUCUGUCGAGGUUUCCUUCUCAGAACAAGGGAAAAAAUGGAAGGAAGCUUUUCUAAAUGAACAACCACUUCGGCUGAAAAGGAGAACAGCAACUUCAACAAAACCAUUUAAUAUUAUUUUGAAACUCAACUUCAGUGAUGGUUGUGGGUGUUCAUGCACCCAUAUCAGGAUUCCUGUUGAUUUUGAGGUUUCUGUAGAAUGUUGCAACCAUGACAAAACCUCGAUUCUCCAAAAAUUGAGACGUAAAGCCAUCCAAGAUCUAUGCUGUGGGCAGAAUGCAGUUAUCGAGAGAAAAGGUAUCAAAACUCCGAAAAGCGAGGUCACAGUCUUUGCCAUUGUCACCAAUAUGGUUGUAUAUGACAAAACUUCCAAGCCAUGUGGAGCUAUUUCGUUAAGCAACGGAAGUAGGAAAAGGCAAAAUGAGGGCGUUGGUGGGGUGCAAACAUCUCGCAAGCGACGAACAGAGCGUAAAGUCGAAGAUGGACAAUGAAGCUGGUGUUGCUUGAUUAGUGUAGAUAAUACCAUGUAUUAAAAGUGUAGGUGCAAAAAUUAUCAUGCGAGACUGAGUGAAUUUUGGUAGGUACCACACUCAAGUCCUUCCAGUCAAAUUAGGAGAAGGGAAAUUUGGCUGUCACGGACUAGUUUUUGCAGGUGAAGGAACAUGAAUGUUGUGUUCCGCAGUGCAUAUUAUUAAGUUUGCGGAUCUGAUGCAACAGGUUUCAACUUCUGAUUCC